UUUGCUGUAACACUUGUAAGUAUGUUAUCUCUGGGGUCGAAGCGGGCCGUUGAGCGGUUCAAUGCGUUGGGUGCCAAGAAAUUUUCACGACUUUCGCGGCGUAUACUUGACGCAAUGCCGAUCAGUAAGGAGAUACCUUUCUCAGAAGCUGAGCAAAACGCUUUGCUUGUCUCGCUACACAUCGAGGACAUAUCCGAAUUCACUUAUUUGGUUGGUUAG